AUGUCUAAGUUUUCUUUCAAAGCUUUAGGCAGUUGUUUGCAAAUGAAUAUAAACUCAUCAGGCAAUCAUCACUUGAAGAGCAACUGUUUGUAUAACAAGUUAACAAAAAGUACAAAACAAGAGAAGAAGCUUGAGAUAGAUCUGAAUUUGCCUGCUUCUUCUAAUGAAACUGAAGAAGUGUCAACUCACAUCCCCAACUCUGAUGAUGAGGCCCUUUCACAGUAUGUUGGAACAACAGAAAUCCAAAGGUCCUUAAGUGGAAGACCACAUAAUGAUGAUUCUGACUCCAAAGAUUCCAAUCACAAAGAUGGCUCUAGGAAAAAAAAGAGUAACAGUAGUAGCAUUGUUAAAUGGAAGCAGCAAGUGAAAGUGAGCCUGGAGAUAGGACUUGAAGUGCCCCCAAAUGAUGGUUAUAUGUGGAGGAAAUACGGGCAAAAGGAAAUUCUUAAUGCUAAAUACCCCAGAGAAUAUUAUAGAUGCACAUACCGAAACACACACGGUUGUUGUGCAACUAAACAAGUUCAAAGAUCAAGUGAUGACUCAUCAAUUUUUGAAAUCACUUAUCUUGGAAAACACACGUGUCCCAAAAUAUCAAAAACCAAUCAUCCUUCAUCCACAACCGAAUCUGGUUAUGGCCUUAUAAAUUUCUCAAAUACAUCAAAAACAGUAUCUACAACUUCAAGAACCAGCGAUCCAUCUGCAACACAAUCAUCUUCUUCGAUCACACGGAAUUCUUUUGAACUUUCGAAUUGGCCCCAGAAUCAUCAUCAGUACUGACUACAGUACUGAUGAUGAUUCGGGGACCAAUUUUAUAUGGGGUUGUAAUGAGAGUCUCAUCAGAACCCAAAUAUUGUAGUUGUAGGAUUUGAGUUGAUUGAGAUGAGAAGUCGAGGUUUUUAUGAUGACUCGUGAUGGGUUUGGUUUAUAUACGUAGUGUUGGUUAUAUACAAAGUCAUAAGGGAAAAAAGCUCCUUUGUUUUGAUGGAGGGAUAUAAACUGGAUGAUGGU